AUGGGGAUUUUCAAGAUCUGGGAGAUGAGCGUGAGCAAAAUCGCGAAUGUGGACAGCAUAUUCGUGGAGUUCUUUGUUCAGCCUCAUCCCGUUACUAACGACACCAACAUGUUCGGCCUGACGCCCGAAAGGACAGACGAUGUCAUGAUUGACAUGACUGCUGGCUAUGCAAACAAAGCAGACGAUGUGCUAGUCGAACGAAGCUGGGGUGAGGAUAACAUUGCUAAGCUCAGAGCUGCCACCAAGGAAUACGACCCCAACGGCGUGUUUCAGGAACAGGUCCCUGGUGGUUACAAACUUCCAGCGCAGGUCUUCUGA